AUGGCUGGCUCCUAUUUAGCUAAAAACACUAACUGGACGAGAAAUUUCCUUGAAGGUACAUCUGGAAAUAUCAUAUAUUAUAUCAUGGAUAACAACACCAUAUUGUUCUCAUCUCUUUGGAGUUUGGUUUUCUUUGAACAUGUGCACAAUUUUGCAGGUUUUGCAAAGUAUGAGUUCCGCUUACCGAAGAGUUAUCAUGGAACAGACAACGGAGCAAUCCAUGUGGGUUGGCUAUCUUCGGAAGUGAUAACAGCUUUUUGA